AUGGCCGACAGCACUAGACUAGAAAUCAAGAGCAAAUGUCUGGUAUCGGGACAAAACGUCGAAACGAGAAAAGAUUGGCCUGGGUCCCCUCUUUUUCAACAGGACGCGGAGAACGGACGAGACGGUUACGACACCGGUUCGACACUUUGCAGUGAGCGUCCAGCUGAGAGCCACGAGAAGGGGCUCCAUUCAGCGACAUGUCUAAGACGAUCAAUGGAGGGGCAUGUCUUUCUCUCAGGUGAGCGACAGGAAAAGAAAAACAACACAACAUACGUUGUGCUCGGCCGGUUGGACCUCCUCUGCGCUUUGACCCGCGAGCAUGGAAGCAAUGGUAGGCACCCAAAGGAGGAGACGGAGCAGGGCAGCAUAGGGAUGUUCAACGGAGAGAAGGAGAGGGACAAUGAAAACAAGGAAAAGAGACGAAGAGACGAGGAGACAAAGAGACAAAACAAAGAGACGGGAACGUGGUCUACGUGGUCAACGGAAUGCAACAGGAAGAACUCAGACUACAAAGGAGAGACAAGAGAGGGGACCACGGCAGCACGGCUCGACCGAGACAGACAGUGGAGGAUGCAAAACAGAGUCGACCAGCCCCAUCACUGCUGA